AUGGAAAGGUACGGCCGAGUAAACGAAGGGUCGCAGUCUGAUCCGACGCCGGAAUGGAAUGUCUCCGGUGGAGAGGUCACGCAUGAAGGGUAUGGAUUGGUGGGUGGUGAAUCGUAUCCUCAGAGACCUGAUGAAGCUGAUUGUAUCUAUUAUUUGAGGACAGGUUUUUGCGGUUACGGUUCCAGGUGUCGGUUUAACCAUCCACGUGACCGUGCCGCGGUUAUUGGAGCUGCGAGGAUUACAGGGGAGUAUCCGGAACGAGUUGGACAGCCAGUGUGCCAGUAUUACAUAAGGACGGGAUCGUGCAAAUUUGGUGCUUCAUGCAAGUAUCACCAUCCUAGACAAACAGCAGGAGUUACUGUCGCCGUGUCGCUAAAUUAUUAUGGAUAUCCUUUGCGAGUGGGUGAGAAAGAGUGUUCCUACUAUGUGAAAACAGGUCAAUGCAAGUUUGGUGCAACUUGUAAAUUCCAUCAUCCACAGCCCACCGGUGUCCAAAUGCUAGCACCGUCACCAGCUCCCCAAGUUUCACCUCUGCCUAUGCCAGUGCCUUCACCAAUUUAUCAAACUGUGCAGGCUCCAUCCGGUCCUUCACAACAACAAUAUGGUGUCCUGGUCGCGAGGCCACCUCUGCUGCAUGGCUCGUUUGUCCAGGGUCCCUAUGGGCCUUUGGUAGUGUCCCCCACUAUGGUACCUUUUCAAGGCUGGAGUCCUUAUCAACAGGCUCCAGCAGCAAGUCCUGUAAUUCCUUCGAGUACUCCGUUGAGCAUUGCUACACCGCAGAUUUUUGGGAUAACCCAGCUACCUUCACCGACAACUCCCUUUACUGGACCUUUUCAACCUUCUGGUUCCUCAACUGGUCCUCCGGGCAGUAGUCAGAAGGAACACUCGUUACCCGAAAGGCCUGAUCAGCAGGAAUGUCAUCAUUACAUGAAAACGGGGGAGUGUAAAUUUGGUUCUUCGUGUAGAUAUCAUCAUCCGCGGGACACUGGUGCCCCAAAAGUGAUCUUUAGUCCUGCCGGUCUUCCUUUGCGCCCGGGGGCACAACCAUGCACUCAUUAUACGCAGCGUGGAAUUUGUAAGUUUGGAUCUGCAUGCAGAUUUGAUCAUCCUAUAGGAUCCCUGAGUUACAGUCCAUCUGCUUCUUCUCUAGCUGAUAUGCCAGUUGCACCCUAUCCCGUUGGUUCCUCCAUUGGCACCCUUGCUCCAUCAUCCUCUUCAUCCGAGUUUAGGCCUGAACUUGCCUCAGGAUCCAGCAAAGAGUCUGCUUUAUCCAGAAUGUCAUCAUCAACGAGCACAUCGACUGCAUCAGCUGGGUUAACUUUGUCAACUGUUGUACCGGUUUCUCAAUCAAGUAGCCAGCCAUCUGCUCUGAGUUCCAGUUCUUUAGCAACUCUCAGUGCCACCACAAGUAGCACUGUCCCUCACACCUCAAGCUAA